UUCUGGAUUUGUAGCUCUGAAGAACUUCCGUUUUUAGAUCAUCUGCGAGAUUUGGAAGCAUCGAUCUCGUAGAGACUCUUUUAAAAGUAGAAGAAAAAUCUGUUCGAUUCGCUUAAGAAGUAGAAACUCUCCAUUUAAGAAGUAGAAGAAGACGUUGUUAGAUUCGCUUGAGUUUUGGAUUUUGGAGUUAUGGAGCAGCAGUAGAAUAAGAACAUGGUAGAGAACAUCGGAGAAGAAGAGAUUCUUCAUGGCCCUUUCCCUGUUAAACAGCUUCAGGCGUCUGGGGUAGCUUCAGUUAAUUACCACUGCUAUCAUUUUGUCUUAACUGCAGAGCCACUGUUGCUCAACAAAGAGAGCUCCACAAACCCAAGUCUGAUAGAUCUUGUAUACGUAGGGAGUUUGCCAUACCGGGAUCUUCUCUUGCAUAAAUAUGAGACUGGAGAUCAUGGUGGUGUUUAUGCUGAGAACUGCGAUGAAACUGUCGACGAAGCAGGGAAGCUGUUGGGUCAACCCCUAGAUUUGUUGUUCUCAAUUCACACAGAUAAAGAAGAUGGUUCACCGAAGGGGGGAAGCUCAUUACCACCUCCUUUCCCAGGUCCUUGCACCUUACAAUCCGCCCUAGCACGCUAUGAUGAUCUUUUGAAUCCUCCUAGAAAGGGGGAUGACAUCCAUAUUUGUGCUUUAGGUGGACUACUGCAAGAUAGAAAUAUAGUGCUUUUCAUCUGCAAUGUUCCUAUAAAGAAGAAAAUGCGGGCCGGGUACCCUUCUUUCCUUGGUUACACAUCAUUCAUAUUAUUAGGUUUUGGUACUACUUUUGCUAGAGAGAUUCCUUUUUCAAGAAUGUGUUUGAGAGAUCUGAAUGGCAAUUCACUCCAGAUGGGCUACCUUGUUCUUCUGAAUAGCAUCAAAGCAGCGUCUUGCAGGAUGUUAUUCUUGUCAUACAUGAUUGAAGACAAUAGUCAUGGUAUCCUCUUUUAAGUUGAGUUCCUUGUACAUAUCCACCAGCAGAUGCAAACCAAAAUAUCAUGAGCCCCUUGUUGAUGAUGGUUCCUUUGUUAACCUUGGAAUUUUGGUGGGUAAGCUGGACUGCGCUUGUUAAAUUAUUCCAGUUUAAAGAAAAAGUCUAGUUACUAUUGUUUACCGUUUCAAAUUUCAAAUUUAGUAAUCAGGCCAGGUUAUUUCAGUGAAGCGCAUCUGAAGUCCUUCUUGUUUCAUUUUGUUUGCACUUUCGGUUUUCUCCGGUAAUAAUUGGCUCAUGUUGUUCCACUCCAGGGAGGUGUUUUAUUUGCCUUUAUAGUGGGUCUUUAUCUGAUGAAUUUUUGGUUGGUUCUGCACUUGUUGUGAGACUGCUCAUGAAUUUUCGUAGGUUGUGCACUCAAUGUGAUACAGGAGUUUAGAAAAUAUUGACUAUUGGUAAUUUAUGAUUAUAUUCUGCUAUGUUAGAUUGAGACCCCCUUAGCUGGCCAACUUCUUUGUGGGUAUUUUAUUUAAGGUGUUAAUGGAAAUAUAUGUGUUUGUAGGUGUUGUAAAACAUUUAUUGGGUGCAAGAUGUAUAUCUAUUAACAGAGUUAAUGCUCAGCAUUUUUUCCUUCUGAUUAUAUGAUGCAUAUCUUCUUGAAGUAUACCUGAUAUUUUAAAGCUUUCCUUGCUCUUUGGAACAAGGUCUGUUAUAUAGCUUGGAUUAUCAAUUCAGUUCUGGAAACAGACUAGCUCAACUACUGAGCUUCACCCUAAAGCUGCUUAUGGUGAAUCCAAAGCCACUACUGUGCAACCUCAUAGUGUUAUGACUGGUUCAUUUUGAUCAUGGUAUAGCGAAAACUCAUCAGAAAUCCCAGCACUUGCUCGAGUCUCUAGUAUCUUUCAGGUUCUUCAUCAUCUUGGUCGUAUUUACUAGACGAGAAUUCGGCAUCUUGAUCAUCCUCUCAAAGCCACAAUGAUUUGCUGCAUUCUGAUUACUGAUCACUUACUAUGUGAAGAUCAAUAUCAUCGGCACUGUACAAAAGCUUGUGGUUGAUUUCAUACGGGACAUGCCUGACAAUCUGGAAGUUCUUGUAAUCCCCGUCAAUCACUCUACACAACAAAUGGCAGUAGGAGUUCACUGGUCGCUUUUGAAGUUUGAUUUCGAAGCGCUUGAGUGGAAAUGGUACAACUCAUUGCACUCAAAUGAGGACUAUAAAGAUGAUGCACAACAACUAGCAAAUAUGGUGCAAUUGGAACUCAACAAGAAGAGAGCGUUAAAGGGUGAUGCACCUAUAGAACCGCACGAAAUAAACAUCAUGUAAUGCCCUGCACAAAAUCAAUCCAGACUGCCUCCUAUACACUUGUUACUUUAUGAAACGAAGUGUGAAGAAGACAAAGAGUAUCGAAAGAGAUCAACAUAGGGCCGAAGACAUUUGUCAGGAAAUGAGAGAAAAAUUGGUGGCCAAGAUGCUGAAAAAAAUUUGGAGUGUAUGAAAAGGUGUGGAAUAUAGCAAAGGAUGAACAACACAAGGAGUGGCGCCUGAGUAUGGAAAUGAAACCAUUGAAGAGGAAGAGGAGUUUUUAAGCUUCAUUAUACAAGAUCACUUUCUGAAUUGCUUCUAAACGUUUUUUAUCUUCAAACAACUUUUCAACUUUCAGUUUUCAAUACUAUAAAGACCUUGAAUUAAUCUUUUUAUUAGUUUCAAUUUAAGACUUAUGACUACUAUAAAAACCUUGAAUUAAUCUUUUUAUUA